UAAAGCAUUGAGCAGCUAGCAUCGAGUGUCAAUCCGCUGACGGCAAACGACGGUUUGAUUUUUGUACUGGAAGCAGGUGUACAGAUUCCCGUAAACGAAAAUGGCUAGAAUAGCGGUAAUAAAAGAAUCAUUGGAUAAGGCAUUGCGGGAUGAAAGCAAACCGUGGACAAAUAUUUUUGCGAUUGCUGAAAAAAAGAUCGGGGUAGACCGGCUUUACAUUUUUCUAGCAUCUGUGGGAUUUCUCGCACUUUAUUUGGUUGUUGGGAUAGGCCAGCAGCUGGUUUGCAAUAUUAUCGGCUUCUUGUACCCCGCUUAUUGCUCCAUGAAAGCUCUGGAAAGUCCCCAGAAAGAUGACGAUACAAAAUGGUUAACUUACUGGGUUGUAUUUGCAGUUUUCACCAUCAUCGAAUUUUUUGCUGAUUAUAUUGUAUUUUGGCUUCCAAUUUACUGGCUAAUCAAGUGUCUUUUCUAUGUUUGGCUUAUGGUGCCAAUCGAAUACAAUGGAUCUUUGAUCAUUUAUCGCCGUGUCAUUCGUCCAAAAUUCUUGCAAUACCAACCAAAUCUCGAUGCCAUAAUUUCCAACGCCCGCAAUUCUGCGGUGAAAAUGGCAGCGGAUGUUCUCACAAAUGAGAAGAAAGAUUAAAUGAAUACCCACUUUAGAAAUUUCUAUGUUCACCGAAGAAAUGAUUUCUAAAUUUAUACAGGUUGAUUAAAUUCUUCUCUGUCCAUUCCUGAGAAUCAAGUUGGCAUUUAGGCUUGAAAUCUUGCCAUGUUUAUUUGUGUAUUAAUUUCUUACCCAAUAUUCCAACUCGGAAUAUUUGCCUAUGUCUUACAUCACAUGUGAAUCGGCAGGGUUUGUUAGAAUAGUAAUUUCAAUUUACAAUUAGCUAAAUUCUAUUUGUGUAUUUUGUUACUUGAAAAUGACGAGUCUUUUACUGAUGUCUUUUCAAAGCGUUCUGUGAUUUAGGACUGUUUUUUCUGGCUUCAAUCAGCACUUAUGUAUCAAAAAAAAUGUGGAUGUCCUUUUUCCUAAAAUCACACGAUUUCGAGUAUGAAAGUCACGUCAGUGUAACUCAUAAAACGCCUAGCACGCGUCAUAAAAUUCUAUAAAAUUUACGAUAUUUUUUCAAGUGCUGCGGUUGUAGUAUUGUUAUUGUAUUAAUUUGACAAUAUGAUGUCUUCGGAUAUGAAAUUGGUCGUUGAUUAAACUUCUUUUUUGUUUCAAUACCAUUGAAAUUGAUUCAUUUUAAUCAGGUUGAUAUAUUGAUUACAAAUAUUGUACAGAAUAAUGUUUUUGGUUUUUAUUGCAUGUCAUGUGUUUUUAUUCCACUUAGUUCUGAUAGUAAUUUAAACCAAUAAUUCAGUUGAAAUUUCUUUAAUUUAAUUUUUAUAGCCUUGAAAUAAAUUACUGGUUAUUGUUGAACAUAUUGCCAGAAUAUCCUUUGACACUAUGCCAUAGUAGAAAUUGAUAAUGUACCUUCAAAAAAUUACUUACUGGAUAGAGGUAGAUUUGAAAAACUUACCUCUUCACUAAAUAAACGUCUUAUCUCUUUAGGCAUGGUGAAAUUAUUAUUACCGUAUUAUGAUCCUUGGUAUAUUGUACAACAUAACUAUAAAUCAGUUUCAUCGCUAUCUCAAAAAAUAAGUAUUCAAUGGCUUUUGAUAGAAUCUCUUGCUAUACUAUAUUAGGAUUAUGAUAAAGUAGAAUAUACUAAGUGAUGUUUGUAU